ACACAUGCCAGGCUUUAUCCUGUGUGUCUGUCCCGCUCAAACUACCAACACUCUCUGCCCUGACACUCACUCACCAUUACUUACCGCACUUUUUGUUUCCACACACCAGAGAGUGACCAGAGAAGAUGAUGGCUGUGUCCAUGUGGAGAAUGAAUGGGCUCUGGAGAAGGGUGGCUGCAGUUCUGGUGCUCUGCACCCUGUUGCUCAGCAAUGAGGUGAUAUGUCAAGAUGAUACAACAGUAGUUCCCGCGGCUACUACAGCUGCAGCUGACAUCAAUGCAGCAACAGACCCUGCGGCUGCAGUUGUUACAGGUUCCCCCACUAGAGGUGCCUCUGCCUCUGCACCUCCCAGUGUUGCAGCAGCUGCUGCUUCCACAACUCCAGGAACUACCCAGUUCCCAGCAACUUUUAUUCAUUUAAUACUCAGUAAAGGGACCACUGUUAACCCCCUUGUUGCAGAUAACUCUCCUGACAUUAAAGUGGUGGUGCCUGAAGUGGCAUGUGUUGGAAAAGAAGACAUCUCAGAAAGCAGUGCUGUAAAGGCCGUGGUGAAAACGGAUGAUUGUGAGCAAACUAAAAGCAUCAUUCAGAAGAAUCCUGCAGGCUGGUGCAGCUCAGACAACUGUAAUCUACAAAUCUUCCAAGAUGGCAAGACAAUGCUUGUGGCCAGUGAAGAUUCUUCGUUGGCUAUUUUGAAUGAGGCACUCCAGAGUGACAGUUUGAAAGACAAGCUGGGCGUCACAAAGGUCGGGUCAUCUUCAGGUUCCUCGGUGUUUGCUGGGAUUCUGGUCACCGGUCUCCUCGCCGCCCUUGCAAUCACAAUAGGUUACUUCAAAUGCCAACGCAAGCCCGAAAGCAAGGGCGUGAGGCUGGCAGAGGAGGCCUACCCCGUAGACCAGGAGAACCAGGGGAACACCCUUGCGUCUGAGGCCCCCCUCAACCCCCCUCCUGAAACCCAGGAGAAACCCAGCGUAAAUGGAGAGUCCCCCGAGGCAGCCAAGACCGAGCCACCUCCUCCCAACAAUGGCCACUCCACUGCCAAGACAGCAGACACAGAGCUGUGAAAAUAGUCUACCAUUGAAUUUCAGACCAGGAACUACCCCCACAAACACCCCACCCCCCCCUUUCACACACACACACACACACACACACUUACGAAAACCCGCCUGGCUUUUUGAAUCCCCCGCUGCCCAACCACACAGCACAGUGGACAUCAGGGGCUAAACGUGUCUCCUACAUCAACACUCCUCUUGUCAUGGUUCCCUUUGCCUCCUCCUUUGACGAUGUGCCUCAGCAAACACCAGGAAAGCUAGUUUGAUGACGGUGGUGGUGGUGGUGGUGAUGGCGUUGACGGCAGUCAGGCUGGAGACGACAGGGAGGGGAUGAGCACUCACUGGCUCCCAUGGCGACUGCAGCUUGUGGAGUCACAGCUGUGCGUGCUGUCAACACCCGGCAGAGUGUUUGCUCCGCGAGUCAGGUUUAAAGUCUCAGCCAAAGCUUUGAUUAGAAAAACACAGCAAAAAUGAAAUUGUUCCUCGGUUUAUUGAUAAGACAUGACAGACGGGUAGACGGGAAACCAAUCACUCUGCCUUGAAAUCUGUUUACACACUUUCUCAGAGAGAAACUCCACUGGGCUCUCAUCUUGUGUGUCUGAUUGAGUUAUUGAUUGUGUGUGCGUGCGUGUGUGUGUGUGUGUGUGUGUGUGUGUGUGUGUGUGUGUAGCUGUCAGAUCCUGCAUGUGUGUGUACUGGCAUACUGUGCAUGGACUGUAUAAAGCUUUUUUUUGUUUGUGCUGUAUGCAUGUUUGGUUAGGAGUGAGAGUCUGAAUGUGCAUGUGACAUUAGCCAUGGAUUUUUGUAUGUUACGUUGACCAAGUGACGUCUCACUGAGUUACAGUCAGUUCCCCACGACGAGCAUGAAGGAAUACUGAAGUUUGAAUCAUUUUUCACCAGAUGUUGCUGCUGUGAACUGAAGUGAGAUUAAUCACAAAGUCAACACAAACUCCAUCCGUUUGUCAGUGUUAUUCUCUUUUCAAUAUUCUGUAUAAGCUCUUUACUAUCAGUAUUCUUAUGAGCAGUGUGUAUAAUAUGGUGGCUUUUUAUUUUUAUUUUUAAAAUUGUUUUGUAUUUUGUGCGCAGACACUUGCAGUGUUCACCUUCUUCGCUUAAGCCGUACUAAAAUCAUGUUCACAAAAGACACGGAAAGACGCUCAAGGACAGUGACUGUUAGAAAUGAGCAUCAGGCGAAAUUGAAAUCUGUGAUUUUUCUUCUUCACUUUGGUUUGUGAGUCCACGUGGAGUCGUUUUUUUUUUUACUGACAUGGCGGAGGCGACGCGAACAAGGAACACGCUUUUGACUUUUGUUGAACUUGAACAAAGAAAAAUUAAUGAUAAGAGAAGAAUCAGAUUUUUUUUUUUUUUUCCUUUCUCUUCCAUUUUUGUAUAUUUUCAUUUCUAACAUUCCAGUGUUUCAUUCUAUUAGCGCUCUGCAGUUUAAAUUGGAUCUAACAUGAAAAAAAAAUAAAAAAAGAGGAAACAACCUGA